CACUGCUUCGCUCGAGCCCUGGUGUCGCUGUCUGCGCCGCCGCGGGCGGUGCCCGUUUUGGGACCGGCGCAUCCCGCCCAACAGCGGCCGCCGUCGGCUCUGGACACCACGUCGUUGCUGGGACCGCCGCCGCUCCUCCUCCUCCUCCUCCUCCUCCUCCUCCUCCUCCGCCUCCUCCUCCGCCUCCUCCUCCUCCUCCUCCUCCUCCUUCUCCUCCUCCUCCUCCACCGGGGUGUGUGUGCCUCAGCCCAGGGGGGGCGCUCGCGGAGGUGCUCCCAGGCGCCGCCGAGAGGGGCCGUCCCGAGCCUGCCGGGGGGCGAUGGGGGCGGCCCCUGCUGGGAGAGCCGCUCGGAAGGGGGCCGCCGACCGGAGAGGCUGCACGCCCCGGGGCCUCUUCUCGUCGAAGCAGGGGGCCUUCGCAGAGAGCUGCCACCCCCCUAUGCCCCUGCGCGCCGCCGACUGGCAGCGCCGACGCCGACGAGCUGGCCCAAGCGCAGAAGGUUCCCAGACGCCUUCGUGGUGGUCGAGGCUGGGGGGCCAGGGCUGCGGCGGAAGCUCGUGGACGCGGGGUACGUGGUCGGGGAGGAGAGGCCUCGGGCGCGGGCCGGGCGGCGGCGCCGCUCCCGCGGCGGGAGGCCGCGUGCUACGACCUGUGA